AUGUCACGGUCGAGUCCUUUAAAUGGGUCAGCCGAUUUUCGGUGCAACAUCAAUGAUCACCUAGUCGACGGCCCGCUUGGCCCUGGUGACCCGCGCCCCUUUGGCGUCAAUCUGACCACAGUCAACUUGACCCAGGCACCCUAUUGCAGCUGCGGCCAGUUCAAUAGGUGUGGUUUUCAUCCACAACAGACGGGUCCUGGGGUUGUAUUCGACAGCUUCCCUGACACUUCUGCCCCGGCGUAUCAAAACAACACCGCCACGACAUAUUUGAGAGGGCUGCCUGUGGACACAACUAUUACCCAAGGCGCCGGGGCCCAAUUCGGCAGUACAUCUGCAGACUAUAGUACCAUCCAAGACAACGGGCAGAAUUGGCCGGGCUCCAUUCCUUACGAAGACCUGGGUGAUGAUAAACAACCCGACCCCAAUAUAGGUGGGUGUGACGAUCAGUUUUCGCCCGGGAAUCCGUCAUGCCCAACUGUGCCGGGCAUUCGAAACAUCCCGUUUCUAUCAUCCUUGGCCGACUACUACCAGCAAACUAGCUAUUCUCAUCCACCUACAACCUCAGCCGGCAGUGUGCCUGCCGAGCCUUCACUGAGUGGGCCGGGCUUGAACUCGACGACUUAUGCACCAAGUUCUGCAUCCGAGUCCGUUUGCGCAUAUUCAUUUUACGAGAACUUUGAGCCUUUCGAUGUGCCUGCGCCGCCGCUUGCUCCGCCCGGCAGUCAGUCUUGCCUUGCCCCGCACUCCGAGGGGUCUUCGCCUGAAACACAGCACUACAAGACACCGAUUGACUCUCAGGAGCUCUCUUCUAAUAUCAGUGCGCAGGGCUCCCUUGCCUCGGCCUUUUGUGAUCGACCACUCAAACGGCGAGCAGCUCGGCCAUUGUCAAAUACACCUGUGACAUUUGCGGAACGGUUACAAAGUACCGCGAUCGUCACCUUAUCGAGACACAUCAAAAGCCCCAAAACUGCGAAAACAAACCGCGUUGGUACCGUUGCCGCUGCGGUCAUUUCAACUGUGCCUCGCGCAAGUGGGAGUACAAACGGCAUCAAAAAAGUUGCAAACUUGUCGGCCGCAAGGAUCUCAUGCCCACUUAUCAUUGUCGAUGCGGGUUGGAACAUCCUGAUAAAGAGCAGCACAAAGCGCAUUAUGAAAAUUGUGCGAAGGGCCAGAAAAAACUUGGUCGCCCCCGGCGGAGUUCGGGGCGCCCGAGGACUCGAGGCGAUCGACCGCUUUGGCGGGGGAUCAGCACCUCGUCCUGACUUCAAAAUAACUGAUGGAUAUUUGUCGCUCGUUUGGCAUUUUCUUUUGUCACUGCUAUACAGGCUUCAGUCGUUACAGUUUACACCGCAAUAUCACUCCUUCUUGUUUCGUUUGUUGCACUCUACGUUCUCAGAUCCCGUUCAUCGGUGCCCUGGCCAACUAUCUACGAUGGAAACAUCUCCCAUGCCAACGGAAGCUGGCGAAGGAAUUUCAUGCGGUGAAGACUUGACCAUGCACUCGGCAAACUUCGAACUAUCUAUAGAAGUUACGCAAUUUCCUCGCGAAUUGUAG